UCAAAAUACAAAUUGAGUUGAAGAUUUUUAAUACACUCAACAAGAUUUAUUAGACCUUAAUAUCUCUUAAAUGUCUAUUGAAACUGCAUUUCGUUAGAUUAGGGCAAUUCUCGUUUCAAGCCUGGCCUCGUAAAUAAAGUCAAGAUAUAUUUGCUGCCUCUCAUUAUACUUAACAGGUUUACUAUAGAACUAAACUUUUAAACUAUAAACUUUGUGUUAUGUUUAUAUUCUUUUAGCAUAAUAUUUAUCCGAAGUUCGAUGCUUGGAAACGAAACUGGUACUUCAGUAAAACACUCUCCGCUCUCUAAACAACCAAAUAAAGAAUAUUUAAAUAUAUGAUUUUCAAUUAUGUACCCAUCAUUUCAAUUGGACCCAAAUCAAGAUUUAUAUACUCAUAAAAUUUUCGAGGAUCCUGAAGAAAAGGCCUUAGAUAGAAUACAUAAACUAAUUACGGUUGCUGAGAGAGAUACUCAAGAUAUGGCGGCUUCAGUGGCAUCUUUGUCUCUUAAUGGUAACCAAAAGGAUCUAUUCUUUACCGAAAACGCUGGUAAAUUGGGAAACUCUGUUAAAACGUUUAAAUCUUCUUUUGAACAGCCUAGAGUCGACAAGAAGGUUUUAAAGAAGAAGAAAGUAGAGAAAUUAUCUCUUGCAACUGAGGCAUAUGAGAAGGAAGUUUCUAAUUUACAAAGGGAGAUCAUAUUACUAAGGAGAAGUUUGAAAAAAGCAGAAAAUGAAGCAAACAAGUAUAAAUUAUCAUCUUCUGAAUAUGAAGAGAAGAAUAUUAAACUCGAUAGAAGGCUUGUUGAAAUAAAAGCUGAAUUAAAUAGGGAAAUUAGCGUUCGGAAAAGCCUCGAAGAAGCUCACGAAAGUUCUCAGAAAAGAUUUCAGGAAGUUGAAUAUCUUUCUUCUACUGAAAAGGAGAAUUUAACAAGAUUAUCUGUUAAUUGUUCUACUUUGAAACAAGAAAUUCUUAGAGCUCAAUAUGAGACAUCAACAGAAAAACAAAAGAGAAUUAUAUUAGAGACAACAUUAGAAACUACUAGAGCUGAGAGAGAUAAUAUUUCACAACGAUACGAGCAAAUUCAAGAAGAGAGAGAGAAAUUAAUUAUAGAUCUUGAGAAACUGAAAGAUGAAUAUUUAAAUGUGAAUGAGCAAUUGGAGAAAGUUCAAAAAGCCAGCGCUGAGUCCUCAUCUCGAGAUUCUCAUCUUGAGAAAGCUCUAAAGGACGCUGCCGCCCAUAAUGCUAAACUGAUUGCUGAAUGCGAAGAAAAUGCGGAAAAAGCAAGAAAAUACAGUCAACAUUCAAAUAAUCAUGAAGCAUUGAAAAAGCAACUUACAAUUGAAGUUAGAGCAAAAAAUGAACUAUUAAAGAAAAUUAAAGAAUACGAAUCUAUAUUGAAUGAAAGAAAUAUGGAAAUUGAUAUUAUGAGAAAUGAACAGGAAAUGAUAAUCAAAGAUAAAGAUAGUGCAUUAAAUGAAGUUGGCGAAACGUUGGAUCAUGUUGUUAGGGAAAGACAGAACGCCGAUAGUCAAAUAGAUGAACUUGUUGAAGAGUUGAAAAGAGUUGAAAAACAAAGAGACAAUCUUUUAAUAGAAAUUAAACAACUUCGAGAAAGAAUUAGCAAUUCUUUUCAGCAUUCAAGAGCGCAGGAGAAAUUAGAGAAGACCUUAAAAGAUUUAACUGAGCAAAAGCAAAGACUAUCGUAUGAAAAAGGCCGAUUAGAAUCGCGUGUAGAAAGCUUACAAAAGGAAAUGGAAAAUAGCAGUAAAAUUGCUUUAUAUUCUUUAUUUUGUAAGUUGCUUCGUAUAAUACAUUUUUUCUUUCUUUUCAAGGUUUUACGAGAACGGAAGUCUACCAAUUGCGUGAUUCAGUUCAAGAACUUAAAGAUACAUUAACAAUAGCUGAAAGGGAUCUUGAUUUGUCAAAAUCAGAGGAAAAUCGUCUCAAAUCGGAAUUAUCGGUUCUUGAGGAAACUUGUCAGAGAAAGGAAAGAGAUUUUCAAGUGGCUAUUCAAUGUCGUGAUGACGCUGUUAAAGAAUUAAAGAAGGUGACAGACAACCUAAAUAAACUGACCGAAAAGAAUAGACUUGCCGAAAUUGGUUGGAAGGUUUCCAUGGAUAAUUCUAAUACAGAGAGGAAAGAGUUAGCAGUCCAACUUAAUCAAGUAAUUUCAGCUCAUUCCGAUUUACAACGAACUGUUGAUCAACUACAAAUUGAAUUAGGGAAAGCAGAUGAAAAAUUUACGAAAUUAUCAAAUGAAAAUGAUGAAUUAAGGAGAAAAGUGAACAGCUUAGAAACGGAAAGGAUGGAUUGGGUAUUUAAAAGUGAAGAGCAAGCAACUGCUUUAACUAAUUUUACUAGACAAGUUAGUUCUGUUAAAGAAGAUGUUUUAUUACUGAGAAAUCAAUUCUCAUAAGAUUGUGAGAGCAAUUAGUGUUUUUUUCUUUGUCUUUAGUUGAAAAGACUAAACCUGCAUAAUAUAAUUGUGGUAUUAACUCAUAAUACUAUGUUACAUAAUUUGUACACUGCCUCUAUCCUUUGGCAUUAUCUUGAGUGCUACACCGAAUUAUUGUUAAUUGUUCUUUGUUUAUCUAGUAAUAAAUAAUUAGGUUAACAUGUUUCAAAUAAGAACUACUUAUAUCAAGUGCUUUAUCUAAUCUCUUGGGUUGGGUGGUGUGGAAGUUCAUGACAUUCAUCAGUUAAUCUUUUUAUUUGAAUUGACCAAUCAGCUUACAUAUAUUUUUUGUUUGUUUAUUUCGUAGAUCUGUCUCUUUUAAAAUUGAUUUUAUUGGUCAGUAAAAGUUGUAUGCGUUUAGGAUAAAUCCCAUAAUACAUUGUUAUAUAUACUUUGCCUUUUACGCAGUAGG